ACCUGCUGACACGCCUAUGACACGUGAUAAUGGAUUUAACCAAUUCAAGAAAGUUAUCUAAAACAAUCUUACUUGAAAAUCUCCACUUGUAUCUUCCACUUGUUACUGGUUUUUAAUUUGUGGGGUGCAGGGUGCAGUCUUAUGCCACUAUAGCCGUCCAAACAGAUGGGGCGCCAGAAUCGACACAAAACAAAAGUUCCUCACAGCAGCUUUAAAAGAAAAGGAAACAUUCUGGAAGAAAUCUUGUGACCAGGGUAGACAUCAGGGGGGCGCUAAAAUAUGCACAAACCUAAAGUUCCUCACAGGAGCUUUAAAGAAAGACCAUGGACCUCACUGAUCAUGCUUAAAGUCAGCUUAGCCUACUGAUAUUUCACUGGAUCAAAACAUCUGUUCUGUUUGUUGCUUUUCUACCCACGAGGGCUGGGUAGAAUCAACACCACAGUGCAGCAUCCAAUGCUCCUACCACCUGUGGCAGCACUCCUGUUCCCUCUACGCCACAGGGAGAGAGAACAAAAAGGGGGGGAGCCGAGAGAGGUCUGAGAGGAGGAGGAUAUCUUUCAUGAUAAGUGGACUUGUGACAAGGAGAGACCCUUGCUGCAGACCCAGCUGACACAAAUGAAAGAAUCCUAAAACCAGCACCAUGCCAGGACUCAUUAACAAGGAGAACCGGAGCGCUCUGCCCCUCAGCAUCUCUGACAUCACUUCCUGUGUCAGGGGCUACACUUUGGCCAUGACAGCCUCACUGACCUAUGAAAACAUUGAGGAUCAUGAAAUUGAGGGGAUGUUCAUUUAUCCACUGGAGGAAAAUUCCAUUGUUGUUGGCAACACAUCUAAUGGAGCUCUUCAGAGUGGCAGUGGCCACAUAGUGAUGGAUGAGGAUUUGGAGAGGGCAGUGUUAGUUGUUAACCUGGGGAUCAUCCCACCGAUGGAGACAGUCCAUGUGCUGGUUAGCACCUCGUCUGAACUCUCCACCUUACCCAGCGGAGGCAUCAAGGUUUCAUCCCCGCCAGUGUGCACACCUCGGGUACAGAGGAGCAUCAACGAGGAGCAGGGAUUAUCUCCAAACUUCUCCAGAACGCGGGACAGACACACCGCUGCCACAAGUCCCCACGACCAAACACCCAACACCCCUCAGCUGUGGCUGGCUUCCCUGCUGGAGGAGGAGAGCAUAAACUCCAUGGACUAUGAGUUUAACUUCCAGCUGGAGAUACGAGCUCCCUAUCUCCUCGCAGGUGUGCAGAGCCCGUCUCAUGCUAUCCGAGCUGAUGCGGACCCUCUGGCACGCUCCGCCACCAGCGUCGUGAUCACGCUGGCUGACAAGUACACUUACGACUGUCCUGUUGAAAUCCUCAUCUACCCCAGCGAGCCUCAUCAGCCACAUGUGCUCAUCGAGAACGGGGACAUGACGCAGGAGGAGUACGAUGAGUAUCUUCAUGGAAGGAGCGAUUUCAUCAAAGCAACCAAGAAGGACUCCAGCAAUGAGAGAAAAGUGGAUAUUAUUCACAGACGCCUCCAUAAAGAUAUCCUCCACAAUCCUGUGGUCAUGUUGAACUUCUGUCCCGACCUCAAGUCCAUCAGCGCAGACCUGAGGAAGGUUCACGGCGAGUUUAUCUUCCUCAUUGACCGCAGCGGCAGCAUGAGCGGUGUAAACAUCAACCGUGUGAAGGAUGCCAUGGUGGUGAUUUUAAAGAGUCUUGUUCCUGGCUGCCUUUUCAACAUCAUAGGCUUCGGCUCUACAUUCAAAUCAUUGUUUACAACCAGCCAGAACUAUGAGGAGGAAGCCCUGGCUCAGGCUUGUGAGUAUGUGAGGAAGAUCAGAGCAGACAUGGGGGGCACCAACAUCCUGGGUCCGCUCAACUGGAUCCUGAGGCAGCCGAUGUUCAGCGGACACCCACGCCUGCUUUUUCUGCUCACUGACGGUGCUGUCAGCAACACAGGCAAAGUUAUCGAGCUGGUCCGCAGCCACGCACGCCACAUCAGAUGUUUUACGUUCGGCAUAGGACUGAGUGCUUGCAGACGGCUGGUGCAGGGACUGGCGAUGGUUUCCAAAGGAACAGCAGAAUUUCUGGCUGAUGGAGAGAGGCUGCAGCCUAAGAUGAUCAAGUCCUUGAAGAAAACCAUGUCCCCCGUGCUGAGUGACAUUUCUAUUGAGUGGCUCUUUCCUGAGACUAAAGAGGUGCUGCUGUCCCCUGUGGGCAACACUUUCCUGUUUCCAGGGGACAGUCUGAUCGGCUAUGGUGUUGUUUGCGACACAACCCGCUACCAUGCCAACCCCAAAUCUGAUAAGCGGAGGCGAUACAGCAUGAUGCGCUCCGUUGAGUCGGCCAGCUCGGUGUUUUACCACUCUCAAGAAGAGGACCUGUUGAGGACAGGUGUGGACAGCCAGGGCUCCUACAGAGAAGCUCCAUCUGGUCCUCUGUAUGACUCCUACCAGGACUCGGUGACUGACAGCAGCCCUGCGCCCACUGAGCAAGACGCAGCAGGGUUUGAUUGUAAGACAUCCCCAAGAAGACGUGCAUACAGCACCAACCAGAUAAUGGACUACAACCCGGCGAAGAAGGCCUUCACUCCCAGUGAUCCCAGCUCUGUGGGGCCCAAGAACCCUCUGAGGAGAGCCAAAGUCCAGGAGCUGAUCGGCCAGAUGAGCUCUGAGCACGAGGCGCAGUGGAGGAACGACUUCCAGCCACAACUGGCUAGCCUGUGUGCUACAUCUUCCAGCGGGCAUCCGGCCAGCUGUCACAAGCCGCUCCUUCAGCAGGAAGCAGACUCAGAGCCUCAUUUGCAUGCCCAGCCUCAGGACAACCCCCUGCCAAGCGGCGCCAGCGUGCAGCCUAAAGCUCGAAACGCCGCCGGGGAAGAUGGAUCCAGAUCCUCCACCGACAGCCCAUCUGUUGGCAGCACGGGAGAUCCAGACGGCUAUGCACACCAGUUAUGUCAGGCUGAAACACCACAGGAGGCCCAGAAGUCAGAUCUGGGUGCAGCCAACCAGCACAAAGGUUACUGCAAGGCCGUGGUGUCUGGACUGCUGUGUGGGAAACCAGUGAAGUGGGAGGUCGCCUUUGAUAUCGAGCCCUUUCUGAACGGCCGGGAACGCGAGGAAAAGGUUCACGAGGAGCUUUGGAACGAGACCUUCCACCAUAUGGCCGGACACUCCAUCAUACACGACUUUGAGCAUAUGGCGGAUAAGGAGUGUGAGAUUGAACACGGCUCGGGCAGGAAGUACCAGCUGUACGCCAUUCACACCAGCAAGGCCUGCAAUAUACUGAGCAAAUACACAGCACUCAUUCCCAUUGACCUGGACACUAAUGAGUACUUGCCGACAUGUAUUGAGUACAUGAAUCCCAGUGAGUGUCUGAAGAGGGGCUCACACUCCAGCUCUCGUUCAGGAAGCAGAAAGAACAAAGGGUACUCCAUUGGACUGGGUCGCUCUCAGUCUGGAGGCAUGUCGGAGGAGGUUGAAGAUGCUUUGCUGCCUAACAAUGGAGAUGAUGUUCCCUCUCCCUGCAGCACUCCCUCUUCCUCCGGCUGGGAGAGAUGCGGCUUCACUGAGUUCUCUCAAAGGAGUUCGUCUGUGUCCUCCGACCAAUCACAGAAAACAGUGGAGAGCCUUUUUUCUGCAAGGCUGGCCCUCACCAGGACUCGUCUCCUGACUCGGGCUGCCAAGGGAUUCAUGUGCCGAACUCACAGCAAGUCCGGCGAUUCAAUCGGAGAAAGUGACAACGAGUGCAAAGACUACAUUCCUCUGGUAUUGUUGCAGAUGGCUAGUGGUGCAUUUCCCCUGGACACAGCUCUGUGUGAGGCCAUUCACGUUCCCAUGGACAAGCUGAAGUGGACGUCACCCUUCAGCAGACAUCGCACCAGCCUGGGCCACCUGUCUCAUUCCAACAGUCGUCGCACUGAGAGCACAGAUGAUGGCUGCAGAUCCCCGUGUGAGCCAGAAACAAACCAGCAACCUGCAGGGAACACUCCAGGCACCCAGAGCCCUUCUCACCUGUCCAGGAGCACCUGGACGGAUACUGCCUCCUCCUCGGUAGGAAGUCUAUCCACCGCUGCUGAGCUCCAGCUGUCCUCACACUCUCAGGUGGACAGCGGGCGAGGCUCGGGGUCAGGCGGCUUGGAGACAGCAUCGCCCAGCAGUCUCAAGAGCGUGCUGGAUACAGAGAGCAUGGUGUGGGCAACAGCUGUGGCGCUCGCCUGCCUGGAGCACAGCUCUGCUAGCUACUUCAUUGAGUGGGAAAUGGUUGCUGCCAAGGCUAGCAUGUGGUUAAGUGCACAAGAAAUCCCAGAGGGCAGAGACUUAGCUUCUAUCAAGGCUGCUGCAAACCAGCUCUUCAUCAUCCUCAGACACUGGGAUGAAAACCUGCAACUGAACAUGCUGUGUUAUAACCCGAACAGCGUCUGAAGCAUGAUAGUCCAAGACUGAAAAAACUGACCACUGAAAGUACUCAAUUCAGUAUGAUACUAUGCUCACUGAGGCUUCACUGUUCUCUGUUCAGCAGUAUGUUCUCUGGAGUCUGAUUUUUGCUGUUGCAGUGGUAUAACACGUGUGUUUUGUUCUGUUUGCGUGCUGAUCCUCCAAACAUAUCACAGGCUCUUCAGAGGCAUUAUGUGCAAGCUGUUACCUCGCUGGUGCCAUAUACUGUAGCCGGAUCCCCGUUAGCAAGGGAUCAAACCUGAGUUAUGCCACAGAUUUGAGUGUCAUGUAUAAGAAUGUCAGUGUUAAAUUAGUAGCAUGCUGGAUCACUGACCCAACAACACCAGAGAAAAGAUCUCAUCACCACCUUGUUGAUGUUUUGGGGAGAAUGCUGCAAAACAAGUGUGAGAAAAAACACAUGUACAUGUUGACUCGUUCUGUUUUUACAUCAUUCUGAAUUUCCUGACUUGAUUUUAUUGUAAAAAGAUGGUCACACACAGUACGGCCUAACUUUUGUAAUGCCUGCUACUAAUACUGUGCUGGUCAUAUUUGCCAUUUUUGCAUUUUAACAGAGACAGAAAAAAUAUGCAAGGAACUAAAGAAAAUAGAUGUUAUGGUUUGGGUGAAAAAAAAUAUGUGGCUUUGGUGUAAAUCUAUGAAUGUGUAUCCCACUAGCAUGUUAUUUAUUAUUUAAUGAUACAUAAAUCCAUAUAUAUUGUCUCGCUUAGCAAGGCAUACCUGUAGUG